UUAACGUCGGUUCACAGUUCGACGUCCUCGGCCCGUAGUUACAGCGCGCGACGACUCGAGAAGGAGAGAAACGAGAAGGAGCAACGACAGGCGUUGCAAGACUUGAGAUUGGCCAAACAACGGGAGCAACAGCAGCAACAACAACAGCAACAACAGAUCGCCCCUACGCCCAGUCCUAGAACUCCACACUCUAUGGACGAGCUGUUGCCAUCCGUGGAGGAAGGGAAGGAAGUGUUUUAUAACGAGGUGCCGACGACAUCGGACAUGACCGAAGAAACGCCAGUGAUGACGACGGCCAUCACGACAACCAACGUGAACGCAACAAGAUUCGGCGAAAUGGCUCCCGUCACGACCUCGACAACGUCCAUCUUCGAAACGAACAUCGCGCCCCGUGCCACCGGUGACAUUUUUCAAGUGUAGUUAAGAACUAAUAAAAAAAAAAAGA